AUGGAAGAAGACGAGGAAGCUAAUGUUGGAACAGGUUUAUUCCAUUUUCAGAAUCCAUACUCGGUGGACGAUGAAGAUUUUACCAUUUGUACAUUCUACGAGGUAAUGCAUUAUAUAAUUACCAUGGUAUUCUUUAUAAUUCAACAUAUGAUUAAAGAUAAAAUUCAAGCAGAAAUACCAUUUAGUACGAAAUAUCAUCAGAGUCUAUCGAAUGAACAAGUUAUUUCACUUUGUAAUGUUCAAUUUAAUGAUACAAUUGAUAUAAACAUUUGUAGAGAAUUUAGUAGUUCAAAUAUUUUGGAUGGUAUUAUAAUUCCAGAAAAUAAUAGUGGUGGAAGUGAUUCAAAUUUAAUGUGUAAUAAUAUACAGUUAAGAGGUACAAAUAUAUUAAAUGUUAUUCCAUGUAUUACUCUUAAUAAAAACGAACAUUCAUUAAAGAUUAUAAAGAGUUUCGAUAUAGAGGUAUUGUCAAAACCAAUCAUUAAAUCAAAUGUAGUUAUAUUAGGUGUAAUUCCACAUCGAGAAAAAGAUAUAGUUGAUUCAAAUAUUUUAGUAAGAAAUUUAUUUGUUUUCAAUAUUACAAAAGAUUUAGAGAUCGAUAUGAAGGUGUCAGAUAAUAAUUGGGAUUUUUCAUAUUUAGGAAAUCAAAUUAAUUACGAUGGUCUAAUUUCUUAUUGGCAAAUAUUAACUUUUCCAUAA